AUAUUUAGCAUAUAACAGCUUUAAUGCAAUUAAGCGAUCGACUUUUGGCGUAUAAAUGCCAUAUAAAUAUGAAGUCUGAAAUAUAUUUUCAAACAGUUCAAUAUCAAUAGUCAAUCAAACGAAUCAAGAUGUUCAAAAGUACGAAUUUGUCGUUUCUUUUAUUGGCGGUACUCUGCCUUGCUGAUUUAGGACAAAGUAAGUCCGUCUCGCAGCAUUUAGGAGUAACUGCGAAUAGCGGUGAAAAUGCACAAGGAAGUAAUGUUGACGCUUUUAAAUCCGUCCCGCUGAGUCGUGCUCGUCGUAGUUAUUUUUGGGUUGAAGAUGGCUCAGACAAAGUGACGGUAGUGGAAAAUAAGAAUUUAAGGCGCACUUUAGAGGACUACCGCCACAAAGUGCAUGCAGCAGAGAAACAACGUGAAGAGCGACAUCGUGCACAAUAUGAAGAACGCCGAGAAGAGUAUGGUGAGGAUGAAGAAGUGCAAGAACAUACCCCACUAUUUGUGCCAAAUCUAUUCGGUUGAAUAAGUGUAACAAUCAUUUUGUGCGUUUUUAUAAUUAAAUAACAUUUUAGUAAAAUUCAAAAAAUUGUCAUAAUACCAAAAAAUAUAAGUUUUGUGCUUCAUAAAAUAUUGCACAAAUGGUAGAGAAAAUUAUAAUAAUAGUUGAGGCCCCAUAAGUCGCUUAUAUAUGCAAUAUUUCACAGCUAUAUGAGAGAGUUUCCUGCAAGAUCCUUAACCAUAGAAAACGCCCAUAUUAAAAUACUUCGAAUUUUAACCCUUAAUUUAAGUUCACAAUGUUGCCCACUAAAUUAGUACAUUCUACGCGUACAUUUCACUAUUCUCCGAAAAUGAAAAGAAAUUUCGUAGUUAAAGAAACCCUCUUAUUUGAGAGGAAUGCUGCUGAUACUGAAAAGUGGCUCGAUAUGCGUUAUCCACAGUCAGGCCUUUAAGCUCUUUGUUACUUCUUCAGACCCCGCUGCAAUAGGGUUUUACAAAACCUUAACGGACAAAUGCGAAAAAAAACAAUUAUUAAACAUGAUUUAUUUUCCAUCAUUAAACUCUUAGAAAUAUACCAACGUAGUGAUGAAAUCGAUCUUGCGGUGUAAGUGUAAGUUAAUGAAAUACAAAAUAUGAUUAUUAUCCAUUCACGAAUAAUAACACUGUCCAACAAAUGAAGACUUUUUGAAUGAAACAGAAUAGCGACCCUAUAAUUCUGAAAGGGUAUGUUGAGUAGAUCAUUUUUGUAGAACUUUUUUUGUAGAACUUAUGGUCCAGCACGUCUGAGUUUGUUUUUACGUCAAAGUUUUCAUUUUUUGGUCGAAGGGAGCAUUAUACUAUAUGAAAAAAAUGUUGUAAGUUAAUGUCUGAGAGAAUUCUUAUGGCCAGAGUUGUAUUGUAGAAUUGUAUGAGGAUUAUUUUUGUGGAAGAUCUUAACCCUCUAACUAGUUUCUUCAUGGGUCAAUUUGACCCUUUUUUCGAGAAAAUCAAAAAAUAUCCUUUAAAAAAGGACAUUUAAGGAUUAAAAUAUUCUACGAAAAUGUUUGGCGGAAAAUUUCAGUGGGGGUCACCAAAGACACCAUUGUUGUAAAUAAAGCUCUUUACGAUUGAUAAAAAAAUUAUAAUUUUGUUUUAAUAGUGGUUUAUUAUAGUAUGUACAUAUUUUUUUUUUUGCUUCAGCAGUAGUAGGACAAUGGAUUAAAGAUUAAACUUAAUAUGCUUUCCUGUAUUUAGCUUGACGUGAAUGUUUCGAUGUGUCAAGGUUUCUGUACAAGCCCCAUACGUAUUCAGCAAGCAUUACAGUUUGGGAUUUCCCUUUGAAUCUUUCUUCCAAUACCUUUA